AUGGAAAGGGAGGAGCCAGUGCUUCCCUCUGCCGCCGCCACCAGUGAGGAGGACUCUGGGCUGGUGGUGUCCCCUCCCGCGGCAACGCGGUGGCCCACGUUCCAGUGCGACGACGACCUGGUGGUCGCCCCCGACGAGGCCGCCGCCUACCGCGACUUCCUCCGGCCCAGCGGCACCGCCAAGAAGAUGCUCAUCCAGGCCGUCAAGGACGGCGAGCUCGAAGUGGUCCGCAAGCUCUUCCGCUACUGCGGGGGCCAACAAUCGUCGUCGUCGUCGUCAUCUUCAUCAUCGACGCCCGACGUGCAGGUGGACCUGACCGACGGCUACGGCAAUUCACUGCUCCACUAUGCGGCCUACUACGGCCACGCCCAGCUCGUCGUGUUCCUGGCCCGCGGCGGCGCGACUGUCGACUCCCGCAACAAUGUCGGCAACACGCCGCUCCAGCUGGCCUGCGAGGCGGGGCGCGUUGCGUGCGCCGAGCUGCUGGUGAGCCAGUGCGGGGCCGACGUGCGCGCUGCCAACAUGACCGGCUGGACGCCGCUGCACACGGCGGCCCACGCCGGGUCGGCCGACUGCGCGCGACUGCUGGUGGAGGCCGGCGGGGCCGACCUUACCCAGGCCCGCACCCGCGGCGGCUCCACCCCGGCCGACUGCGCCAAGGACCACCCCGACGUCCUGGCCUGGCUCGCGAGCUUGGAAGCAUAA